AAUUAUGUUAUUAGUACCAAGAACGCAAUAACAGUUUCGUAAAUAAGAUUCAUGAAACAAACACUGUCAUCCAGCUACUCAAGUAUAAGACAAUACAAAAAAUCAAUUACAAAACCAACACACACAUGAAAGAUGCAUAAGAGGUUUUCCAAAACCUACACAUUCCUAAUGAAAACAUGAAGUUUGGCACAUCUAAGUUCCUUUUAUUACACAAAUAUUACUUACUUGAAAGGUUGAGAACCACCAAUAGAUCAGGAUGUUCAGAUUAUCUAAUAGUUUCCCAAGCUUGAGCUUGUGGCUAUUGUUCCAUACUUGCAUUUACCAUUGAUCUUUGUUUACUGUUAUCUCUUUAGGCUAAUCAUCAAAAGGAGACUUGUUAUAACAUAUAUGGCAUCAAGUAAAUGACAAGAAUUUAUACAGUUUCCUUUUGACAGUUACUUAUUCCGAGUUCUGCUAUUCUAAGGGAUAAUUUUUCAUCGUCAUUCUGUUUCUUGAUGAAUGUCUUAGACAUGCAAGCUUCUCAUGAUGGACAUGAUAACCUUUACUUCAAAUUUUAGUAUACACCAAUACCAAAAGUGUACAUUUUCAAGAUAGUCAGUCCUACAUUCAUGAUUAAAUCUUCGUGCCUAGAUUUUGACAAAGUGACUCCAUUUUUAUUUUUAUUAUCAUUAUUAUUAUUAUUGUUUUUAGUUCUGUUUUGUUGUUAUCGAAUAAUAAUAAAAAUAAAUAAAUAAAAGACAUGUCUCAAUUGCGGCUGGAUUAGGUGCUGUCAUCAAGAGAUGACACGCAGACUAAACAACAAGCAUAAAAACAUCCGUGAUAGGGACUUUCCUUUUGGUGAAAUAGUUUAUUGUCAUUUCAAAUAUCAUCCACCUUAACAUUCUCUACAAGUUGACUUUCCAAUUCCUGUGCCACUCACUUUUGCUUCCAGACUUAGUUUUCUCUCAUUGGAGUCUUCUUUCUCAGUAAUGGGAGAUGAGGUGAUUCUGUUGAAUUUCUGAUGAAGCCCUUAUGGAAUGAGGGUCCGGAUUGCACUAGAGGAAAAGGGCAUCAAGUAUGAGAAUAGAGAAGAGAACCUUAGCAACAAGAGCCCUUUACUCAUCCAAAUGAACCCAGUUCAUAAGAAAAUACCAGUUCUCAUCCACAAUGGCAGACCCAUCUGAGUCACUCAUUGCUGUGGAGUAUAUCAAUGAGGUUUCCUCUUAGUAUUAUUAUAACUUUAGGCUAACCAUAAAAAAACCCUUGUUCUUUUAACAUAUAUGGCAUGAAUUCAAUGAAAAAGAUUUAUACAGCUUUUUUAUGACAGUUACAUAUGACAAGAUCUUCUAUUCUAAUGGAUGAUUUCUCAUGCUUCAUCAUUCUGUUUCUUGAUCAAUUUCUUAGCCACUCAAGCUUCUCAUCAUUGAACAUGAUAACCUUAGAGCUCAAAUUUGAUUAUACACCAGUAAUAAAGGUGUACCUUUACAUGACAGUCAGUACUGCAAGAUAAAAUUAUGCGUAGAUUUUGAAUAAGUGCUUCCGUUUUUUUUUAAUUGUUAUUAUUAGUGUUAUUUUUUAAGUUCUGUUUUUCUGUUCCAUUAGCCUUCUGGAUAAUAAUAAAUAAAUAAAAGAAAUGUCUCAGUUGCCGUCUGAAUCAGGUGCUGUUAUCAAGAAAUGACACAGAUGAAACAACAUGCAUAGAAACAUCCGUGAUAGGGACUUUUCUUUUAGUUUAUUGUCAUUUCUGAUAUCAUCCAACUCCACAUUCUAUUCAAGACUCACCAAACAUAUGUGCCACUCACUUUUUGUUCCAACACUAGUUUUCUUUCAUUAGUCUUUCUCAGCAAUGGGAGACGAGGUGAUUCUGUUGAAUUUCUGGUUAAGCCUUUAUGGGAUGAGGGUCUGGAUUGCACUAGAGGAAAAGGGCAUCAAGUAUGAGAAUAGACAAGAGAAUAUUAGUAACAAGAGCCAGUUACUCUUGCAAAUGAACCCAGUUCACAAGAAAAUACCAGUUCUCUUCCACAAUAGCAGACACAUCUGUGAUUCACUCAUUGCUGUUGAGUAUAUUGAUGAGGUUUGGAAUGAUCAAUCUCCCUUGUUGCCUUCUGAUCCUUACCAGAGAUCACAGGCUAGAUUCUGGUCUAACUAUGUUGACACCAAGAUAUAUGAGAUUGCCGUGAGGUUUUGGAAUACUAAAGGACAAGAGAAAGAAGCUGCCAGGGAAGAAUUUUUGGAGUGCAUGAAGUUAUUGGAAGAACAACUGGUGGAUGAGCCAUAUUUUGGUGGAAAGAACUUUGGCUUUGUGGAUGUUGCACUUGUUUCUUUGUUCAGUUAUUUUUAUACCUUCACUAGUAUAUAUGGAAAUUUAAUCAAUGAGGAACGGUUUCCCAAAAUCAUUGCUUGGGCCAAUAGGUGUAUUCAAAAAGAGUGUGUGUUCAAGUGUUUUCCCGAGGAGCUGAAGGUCAAAGAGCAUGUUUCACAGAAGAGAAAGGAUUCGAACAGUGAAUAGACUAUAGAGGGUACCUAUAGGAAAAUAUUGCCUCUAUUUACGAAACUGCACUUUGUUGUGCCUUUGGUUUUGCUACUUAUAAUCUUACAAAUAAAUAUUUGUGACCCAAUGCAACAUGCCCUUAUAUUUUAAUCAAAUUGUAUUUAGAUGUCAUAUAAAUCAUGAUAUUGAUUUGCAAAUCCAAGUUAUAUGGAUGCACACUUCUUUAGGCUUAAAGUAUAGACAACAACAAAACAAUGUGCACAAAGCCACAAAUUCAUCUUCAUAAUGGAAAUUCAUAACAAGUCUUGAAACUGCAAUAGGAAUGUGUAUUAAAGAACAUGAUGCAGACAAGGCUAAAACUAUGUAGUUUUGCUCUUAUAGUUAACACGCCUCAGUCUCCAAUGCAAAUCAUCACCGCUAACUCAAGCUAUAUGUUCGAUUUGAUAUCAUCCAAAUCAACUUUUGGCUUAGCUAUUGCUAAUUUUCUUACUUUUAUACAUGUGUUCACAUUGUUAAAUAUCAGAUUUGAAAAAAAAAAACAAAAUACUGGAACUUAACAGACAUAAAAAUAGAGCCACGAGAAUUGAAGGUAGAAGGCGAUAUUUUAUAAAUGAGGAUGCUUAUUUAUAGGUGUACAAAUAAUUUGAAAUUUGCAAACAAAAUCUCAACUUGAC